GGAGGAGAGGGUUUCGAAAUCCAGCUGUAGCUCAAAGUGAUCGCCUCCUUGGGCAUAACCAUCUAAGAGGAUUCUGCCCUUUUACCCUCGUCACACUUUCUUUUGUUGUUCUGAACCUGUUGGACUCUUCCUAUCCUCCACUCAGGUUUGGGAUACAGUGAGUGUUCUGCUGAAGAAUAUCUAAGUUUGUUUUACAUGGCUGAAGCACCUGCCUAUGACUCAUUUGUGCUUUUUGUUAUUGACGUGAUCUGUGAGUCCUAACACACAUGACACGGCUAUAGCAAUCGUUUCUGGUCAACUGGAAUUGCUAUACAAGGAUUUUUGCCAGCAAGCUAAUAGGAGUAAACUCUUAGGAGAUACCAUGAGUUGGACUCAUUCUAAAUGCUAAACGUCUGCCUGCUUGGAGCUGUGCCAUCUGUGGAAUCCAAUCAAGAGAUGACCACUGUGUCUGUGGAGCCCAUAGUGGCGAUGGUGGAGAAGAUUUCCAAUGUCACUGAGAGUCCAGUAGAAACUUCCCCAGAAGACAUGGCUGCCACGUUCACCAUUGGCACCAUUCUGUCCCUAAUGUGUUUGGUGGGUGUGUCCGGAAAUAUCUACACGCUGGUAGUCAUGUGCCACUCCAUGCGCUCGGCUGCCUCAAUGUACAUCUACAUCAUCAACCUGGCAAUGGCUGAUCUUCUCUACUUACUCACAAUCCCAUUUGUAGUGUGCACACAUUUCCUGAAAGGUUGGUACUUUGGGGACAUAGGAUGUCGGAUCCUUAUCAGCAUGGACUUCCUUACAAUGCAUGCCAGCAUUUUCACACUGACUGUCAUGAGCACAGAGCGUUACUUCGCCGUUCUCAAGCCUCUGGAUACAGUCAAACGCUCAAAAAGCUACAGAAAAGCAAUUGCGCUGCUGGUUUGGACUGCCUCAUUGAUUCUCACAUUACCCAUGAUCAUCAGCGUCCAGCUCAUGACAAUGAACUCCAAGCAAAUGUGCAACCCCACACUGAGCCCUCUCUCUUACAAAAUCUACAUCUCCUUUCUCUUUGGCACAAGCAUUGUUGCUCCAGGGGUGAUAAUCGGGUACUUGUAUAUACGCCUGGCAAGAACCUACUGGAUCUCCCAAACUGAGACUUUCAAGCAAACCAAGAAGCUUCCAAAUCAGAAGGUCCUGUAUCUGAUCUUUACAAUUGUGCUCCUGUUCUGGGCCUGCUUCUUACCUUUUUGGAUCUGGCAGCUUCUGAAUCAGUUCCAACCCACAUUGGAUCUCUCCACCAAGGCCAAGCGCAACAUCAACUAUCUAACCACAUGCCUGACCUACAGCAACAGCUGCAUCAACCCGUUCCUCUACACUUUACUCACCAAGAACUACAAGGAAUACCUUCGCAAGAGACAGAGGACUUGGACGGCCGGCAGCUACCUCAACCGGCGGAAUCGUUUCCAGCGGUCGCCUCGUCGCUCCUUGUCAUCCAGCAGUCAGCAGUGCACAGAGAGCUUUGUGCUCGCACAUACUUCUCGCACCAACAACAGCAGCCUCUGAGGGAAAGAAGACCGUCUGGGGCAGGACAAGAGCAAAGCGAGCCAAGACGUCUGGUAUCUCCCUCAAACAGAGGAGGGAGAGCAAAGGAGGAGCAGAGCGGGCAGGAGAAAAAAAGCAAGUCAUGGCACACAGAGGACUCCUAUGUUAAGAGGCCAAUUGAAGGGGAUGGAGUUGCUCGCCUCACCUGUUGUUUCAUUUCGAUCCUCAAUGACUUUUGAAAAACCAAUUCCCGGUUGAUCUGUUUUCUGUGCUAUAAUCACCCUGAAACCGGGCUGAUUUAUUUGACUUAUUUAUUUUCUGAUCAUCCUUCAGACUCUGUCAUCAAAGAUGAAAUUUCAGAGCAUUACCACAAGAAAAAUGUGACAACUUUCAUCUCUCCCAAGUGACUUACUAUGAUGAGAGUCAUUUCCUUCAAAUAACUGCAAUCAGAACCUAUCCGAACAUGACUCCUGCGAAAGAUCACAUCAAAAAAGAGGCGUAUUUCCUAGAACAAAAUGGCUUUCUUUCAUAUUUAUGAAAGAUUCUUGCUCUGUUUGAUCUUAUGGGCCGUGUUUGACAGGAAGAUAUUCUGUUUGAUUUGUUUUUGAUGCUCUGAUGAUCUUCAUGGUAGGGUUUUAAGUGGCGAGGCAGUCAUGAAAAGCCCUCUGAAACACUGUGGGAAGGACUUCUGAGUACACUUUUAGUUUUCAGAGAGUUGUAUUCCAAUCCCCGGGCCUGUCAAAUAGAUUCUCUCUGACCAGCAAGGAUUCUGUCUCCUCCAUCCUAUUUUUGACAAGACCGGAGGAUUUACGUUGACCUCUGACUGACCUGAGAGCUGUUUCUCCAACCUACAAUGCAGAGGAUGCUUGGCUUUGACUUUUAAUGACUUUGACAUUUAUACUUUCCAUACUGAUAAGUCAGUGCCUGUCCAGAUGGAAUGUCUGUAUACAUAUAGGACACAGAAUAAACGCAAAGCGCACAGUGUGAGCACUGCAGAAGGAAACUCAUCAUCUUGGCAACUUUAACUUCCUGACUCCAAAGGAAUAGAUUAUUUAUCUUAAUGCACAAUGGCAAAAUGGCGCUUAUUGUUGUUGGACUCCGUCUUUGUUUUACACAAAAAAUAAACAGGAAAGUACUGCCCAAAUGUUGCUUUGGUAUGCAGAAUCUGAGAAAUCUGAGAAUUUUGUACAGAGAGCUCAAAUAUACUUGGUAACACAUUACAAUAAAGUACAACUCCUUGACAAUACAGUAGUUAACACAUAGAAUUAGGUAUAUAUUUUUAGGUAUUUUUUUCCUCUUCCUUUCUUUUUCCAAUUUACCCUUUAUUUUUUUCCAAUAGGAAUUUCUAUGGGUAAAAAGAUAUUUUGAAGAACGUUGGUAACCUGACAGCUGACAGUAGUGUAGCCACUGACUUCAAUAACUUUUCUAUCACCUACAAUGGAAGUCACUAAGUGUUACCAUCAACUGUUUGGUAAUCAACAUUUUUUUAGAUAAAUUCUAUGCAUUCAGCUGAUGGAACUACUCUUUUAACAUUAUAGUUAACUAUUGUGAACUAACAUUGAACAAUAUAUUAACAGCAUUUAUUCAUCUUCAUUUUAAGAUACAACAUGUUAAGUUGUAUCUUCAAAAAAAUAUUGGAACUAUCUGAACUAACAUGAAUAUUCUUAACAUAAUUUAGAACAUAAUAUUUGUAAUAAAUGCUGUAAACUAAGAAACUGCUCAGUGUUAGUUUAUUUUAGUUAAAGCAUGAACUAAUGUUAACAAAUGAGAUCUCGAUGUAAAAUAGCAUACAUGGAUGAAUAGCAGCUAUGCAUACUUGUGCAUUCACUAAUGUUUACAAAUUGUCAGAUUGUAAAGUGUUACCAGGUACUUAAUGUUUGUGUUGUAUUUAUAUUAAAUUUAGAUGGGCAGAUUACUUGUUGUAAAUAUUACAGAUAUGUUAUUUAAUUUUUGCCUUCAUCUUUGUUUACACAACAGCUAAGGGCAAUCAAAGAUCAGGUGAAGAACACAAAGGUGUAUUAUACAAAAUAAUAAAGAGUAUAUAAAGAAA